AUGCUAACAUUGGAUGAAGACAAAGCGGUCGUUUGGCAUUUGGCACAAAUAUGUCCGCAUUUCGCAUACAAUCCUCACUUCAAACUUGUCGGGAUCACACAACCCUUCUGAUCUCCCAGAUGGCAAGCCUUCCGCGCCAAAGUGUGGCAAGUGAUCGACGUGGCUCCCCGAAUCAUUCAACAAUCGACCAUGAAGCAUCGUGGCAGUAUCGAGAGCAAUGCGUUCUCAAUCUCCUCGCGUUUCGAUGUUCCAUCUCGAAAAACGUCCACAUUCGAGUAUGAAGAUGAUGACAAUGAGAAUACGACAGCCACCACAAGUCGAGACAUAUCCCGUGAUCUACCCAACGGGAUAUCACAAACCCAAUCCCUUCGAAUGCCACUUCAAUCCGGUGAAGGCAUGAGCCAACUGCUUGCCAUACAACCCCGACUUAUCAUCAAUUCGUUGUCGAAACGGGAGAAAACAAUCAUUCGUUGGGCCAGAAGGUUGUAUGUGACCUACGAGACACUGAUUGUCACUUCCGCGGUCCUCGUGUUCAUGCUGUCCACGGUCGAUCAGUUUCGCGUUCCAAUCGUAACCGGAGGUGCCGCGAAAAUCCCGGUGAAAAAUAACUCGAAUGCCCCGAUCGCGGCCCUGAUGAAUCAGGUCGACGUGGAUGUGCGCACAAAUCAGACCAGUGUCAGUCUACCGAUCCCAUCGAUCGUGCAUAUGGAUAUAUUUUUCUCCAUCACAAUCACCAUUGAUGUGUUGGCCCGGAUGAUUUUCUGUCCGGCAAUCAGGCCAUGGUUGUGCUCCCUGUACACCUUGAUUGAUAUCCUGUCCCUAGUCCCGUUCUAUUGUGAACUCAUCCUGUAUGAGAUGAUCUAUUUCAAAGCGUUUGUCAACUCGAACGAUUGGCUAGUCUCACUCAUGAAUAUUGAAGGUUAUAUUGUGAUUUUGAAAGUGUUUGUGGUGCUCCGACUAUUCCGUGUCCUUCGUCGGCACCGCGGAACACGGGUACUGUUGUACACCAUCAAAACUACUUGCCUGGACAUGUUUAUUAUUGUCAUUCUCAUUCUGGAAAGUGCCCUGUUUUUCGGUGCCGCGAUCUAUUUCACCGAUGACAAUUUUAACAAUAUGCCACGCGGAUUCUGGUGGGCUCUGAUCACCAUGUCCACCGUGGGCUAUGGUGACUUGGUCCCGACACACACCGUGGGCUAUGUGGUCGCCAUGGUCUGUGUGAUCACGGGCACACUGCUCAUGUCGUACACUAUUCCCAUCUUGGUGAAUCACUUUAUUCUGUACUAUGACCAUGCAGAUCAGUUGGCCAUGGUCAAACAGAUGCAUCGGUCGGCCAGACGUAAAGCGCGCUCGCGUACCAUGUCCAAAUAUGCGCAGAAAGCGUUGAGCAGUGCCCGUGUCCUGAUGAAUGCCACACUGACGAAUGCAGUGGCCAAGGUGAAUUCGACCAUCCAGUUAACCUCCCGGACCAUGGAAGUGAAAGAUCCCGGCUUGGUUGUGGAGAAAAAACAGAGCACUGCCAGUGCACCGGAACAGUCAAUCGAGACAGUUGAGUGA